UCACAUUUACAUGACGUACUUCGCAGGUUGAAAAACAUGGCGGAUUUGAAAUUGUGUUUAAUUAAUAUAGUUCAAUAUUUUGUAAGUACUAUGGUACAUGUAUGUAUUUUGAUGAUUAAAUAAUAAUAUUAUGUACUAAAUCAUGUUUUUUUCUAGGGUAAACAUGUCUGAUAGUGAUGGCUUCACGUUAGUAAAAUAUAAAUAUCCAAAACAAAAUAAGUUUAAGAAGAAAAAUGGAAAUCUCAAAGAUUUUUCAACUUUUGCACCAACGUCCAAAAACGAUAAACAGUUCGACCUUGUCUUGAACAAUAUAAAUGAAUACAAAAUUGAGCUACAGGACAGUCCAUUUUAUAAAGAACUUAUUUCAUCAGUGUCAAAAAUACUUUCAACAAAUUCUGAGAAAAUUUCUAUAAAAUUCCAAGAUUUUGUGUGCUAUGGAAUUGGGAAAAUAUCAGAAUGUCCGACGUCUAGAUACCAGUUUGCGUUAUUGGUGUUGCUAUGGCAACAAUUCAAGCCUUCUGGGAAGUGUUCUAUCUAUGAUCCUGUUUUUGGAAAUCUUGACCAACAAAUUUGUGAACAUUUUGAACUGGAGUUAAUUGCUAGAAACGAGGAAGCAAAGCGAAAAGUUUCACAGAAAACUUUGUUUUUUGUACCACAUGGUGGUAAGCCACUUUAUAAUAAUAUUCUCUGGGCAAAUUGGGGUGCUGGCUUGGAAAAUGUUGUCAUUUUUGGAAAUAGUUUCACAAGUUAUCAAGAACGAAUACCAUCACGUCAACUUGAGAUUGAAGCAAGGUAUAUAGCUCAGAUUGUGCCGGUAACGCAUGAAAUUAGGUUGCGAUGCUUGUUUCAUGAUGAUGAUGUAUUCAAUGAUAUGUCAUUGCAUCAUUUUGUGGCUGAUGAACUUCGUGAGCAACCAUCUUCAUUCUGGCAAGACUGCAAGGAACCAAUUUAUGAAGAUAAUAACAUGGAAAUCAUUUUGAAUGUAGCAUAGUUUGGUAUUUUGUCACGAAAUAUAACCUUUACAAACAGUGGUCACACUUUUGAUUAUGGCAUCUCUCGAAUACAGACAUCUCUCCAAUACAGACACCUACCUCUUUAAAUACAGACACCUCUCUAAUACAG